AUGCUUGUAAUAGCGAAAAGGGAUGGAGAUUUAAGAAAAUAUUUACAGCAAAAUCAUAAUCAACUUACAUGGAAAGAUAGAAUUAGGAUUGCUGAUGAAAUAAUUCUUGCACUUUAUCAUAUUCAUAGUGAAAAUGCAAUUCAUAGAGAUUUGCAUUCUGGAAACAUAUUAUAUUCACAAUUAAAUGAUUCUUGGGACAUUAGUGAUCUAGGAUUUUGUGGACCUGCUAAUAAAUCAUCAACAAGUAUAUAUGGAAAUCUUCCUUAUAUAGCACCCGAAAUUAUUGUUGGAAGGGAAUGUACUUUUGCAUCUGAUAUUUAUAGUAUUGCAAUACUUAUGUGGGAAAUUUCAUCUGGACAACCACCAUUUAUAAAUUAUGAACAUGAUUAUGAUCUUGCAAUGAACAUUAUUAAUGGUAUAAGGCCAAAAAUUGUGCCAGGAACUCCAUUAGAAUAUAAAAAUUUAAUGGUACAAUGUUGGGAUGCUGAUCCAUUAAAAAGGCCUGAUAUUUAUACAUUUGAGAAAAAAAUGGAAAGAAUUACUUUAGAUUAUCAAAAUAUGUCAGAUAAAUCAUUUCAAUCAGAAAUAGAUAGUAGCAGUAAAGAAUUAUCUAAAGUAUUUAAAAAGUUGCAAAUAAAUUCAAAUACUAUCAACCAGGCUAAAUCACAUUUAACCAUAAGUAAUAAACGGGCAGAAAUUGUUCAAUGUUAUGGAUUGACACAAAAUCCAACAAAUGGAAAUUAUAUGCUUGUAAUGAUGGAAAUGGAUAUAGAUUUAAGAAAGUAUUUACAACAAAAUCAUAAUCAACUUACAUGGAAAGAAAGAAUUGGGAUUGCUUAUGAAAUAAUUCUUGCACUUUAUCGUAUUCAUGGUGAAAAUGCAAACCAUAGAGAUUUGCAUUCUGGAAAUAUAUUAUAUUCACAGUUUAAUGAUCGUUGGUUUAUUAGUGAUCUUGGAUUUUGUGGACCUGCUGAUAAAUCAUCAAAAAGUAUAUAUGGAAAUCUUCCUUAUAUAGCACCGGAAGUUAUUGCUGGAAGGGAAUGUACUUUUGCAUCUGAUAUUUAUAGUAUUGCAAUGCUUAUGUGGGAAAUCUCAUCUGGACAACCACCAUUUAUAAAUUAUGAACAUGAUUAUGAUCUUGCAAUGAACAUUAUUAAUGGUAUAAGGCCAAAAAUUGUGCCAGGAACUCCAUUAGAAUAUAAAAAUUUAAUGAUACAAUGUUGGGAUGCUGAUCCAUUAAAAAGACUUGAUGUUUAUGCACUUGAGGACAAAAUGGAAAGAAUUACUUUAGAUUAUCAAAAUAUGUCAGAUAAAUCAUUUCAAUCAGAAAUAGAUAAUUUAGAAAUGAAUAAAGUAGCAGUAAAAGAUUAUCUAAAGUAUUUAAAAAGUUGCAAAUAA